ACCGCCAUCUUUCAUUUUUUGACAACAACAUCCUCUCGGCUCUCUUGCGAGUGGGACCAUCAGACGAUGCUCUCCUGAACACAUCCCUCGCGAUGACAGAAUGACUGUUGUAUCCCUCCUCAGUAGAUUUCUGAGGAAGUACCUGUUCAGUGUCGAAGCUUUGUUGUUUCUGUGCCUGGUGUUUUUCUUGUAUCACUCUGUCUACAAUUCGAACCCCCUGUGGAGGUACAUAUUUCCCUCCAGAGAGAAUAGAAACGAUGCAGUAAAAAAUAAGACAAAUAAACACCCCAAUGUUCUCAUGCCGCAGCAGUCUACUGGAGUGUCAUGGGAACUACAGAAAGAGGGAGCGGCAGCCUAUGCUAUACAGGGGAGGAGGCCCCACAUGGAGGACAGGUUUAACAUCGUCAUAGACCUGGAAGAAACUGGGACAUCUAUUUAUGGCAUUUUUGAUGGACAUGGAGGGGAGUUUGCUGCUGAUUUUACAGAGAAAACUCUCUUUAAGUACUUAAUGAUUCGGAUAAUGAGUUCCUCGUUAGACGACCAGACCGGGAAUUUUACUGAGAUGAUAAUAGAUGAGGUGUUACGAGUGGAUACACAGCUGAUGCAGAUUGCUAGGAAUAAUUCUGACAUAUCAGGUACCACAGCAUUGUUUGCAUUUCUGCGAGGGGAUAUCCUAACAGUGGCCAAUGUUGGUGAUUCCAGGGGCGUACUCUGUGAUAAAAAUGGAACAGCGAUACCUCUGUCUUAUGACCAUAAACCAUACAACGUAAAGGAAAGACAAAGAAUUAAGGAGGUGGGGGGCUUUAUCAGUUUUAACGGAGUCUGGAGGGUAGCAGGGGUCCUGGCCACCUCUAGAGCCUUGGGGGACUUUCCCCUCAAAGACACAAAAAUGUUGACUGCUGUUCCAGAUAUUCUGACCUUUAACCUCCGGUUUCUUCAGCCCUAUUUUAUGAUCUUAGCCUCGGACGGUUUGUGGGAUGUGUUCUCCAAUCAGGAAGCGGUAGACUUCCUUAAAGAUCGCCUGGACGAGCCUCUCUUUGGUGCUAAAAGCCUUGUAUUACAGGCCUACUACAGGGGUUCCCUAGACAAUAUAUCUGUUAUGAUUGUUAAUUUUAGCAAUGGAAGAGUUUCUAAAUUUUCCAGCAAAAAGUCUUGACAUAUUUAUUUUUGGAUUAUUACUUGACAAGAUUAUAUUUUGUAGUCAUAUACUCAGUUUUAAUGCUAAAUGUCUUGGUGCAAUUUUUUUUCAUAUCAUGCUCUGCAAUGUGCCUGGAUCUGAAAAAGAUGCGAUUUAUACAUUUUUUUGAAAACUGUGUCAGUUUUCAAAAUAUAAUUUAUGUUUAUAUUGGUGGCAGAAUUUAGAUCUGUACAUAUAUUUUGAUAUGCAGCAAUAUUAUGACAGUUUAUAUAUUUGUACGCAAGUUGGAGGAAUAACUCUGAUAAUUGUAGUGUAUGAUGUAGACACAGCGGUCAGUUCUGCUGGUCUUUAGCUCUGGGCAUUGGGCAAUACAACUUAAAAAAGAGAAAACAUAUUACCCUGUGUUAUUUGUUAAACCCUAAGACACUGCCAUGUCAAAUUGAACUUAUAUUUGUAUGAUCUGAUUAAAGCUGUUACAUGUAUUUAUAUUAUUUUGGAUACAUUACCAAUCAUUAGUGUUGUGAUACAUUUGUUGCAAUUUAAACCUAGUCAAUAUAUUGAAGUAUGUGUGUAUACUGUAUGGUGAGACACAGCUUUUUAUCAUUUACAAGUAUAUUUCAGAUAUUCAUUUUGUUAAUUUUGCCAGCAUCACAGUGUCUUGACUUAAUCAAAAUGACAGGACUUUAUAGUUUUCUUUUUAGAAAAAUGUUCAGUUCAGUUUAUGAACUUUUCUGCUGAACAUCUGAUUCCAUUCAUUUGAGUUUAUAACAUUCACAAACUCUUUGAGUAGGCAGCUACAUGUAACAAAAUCUCCAGCUUUAGUCAGUAUAUGCAAGAAUUUAGCAAAUGUACUUAAAGAAAAUUUAUUUUUUAUUUUAUUGUGACCAGAUACUGAGUAUCAGGGACCUAGAUUUAUGAAUGCUGUUUUGUGAUGCAUCCAUGAUGUGUUUACUGCAUUUUUACAUAAGAAGUUUUGAAAAAUAUAAUUUUGUGACUGCAACACUAGACAGUACAUACAACUGUGAGGUUGAAAAUAAAGAUUUGAUAUCAUUGUAUUUUAUACA